CCCCUCCCAGCCGCGGCGCUGGAGGAGGGCGGGGCGGCGGGGCGGCGGGGCCCCGCGGGUCAGUCUCUGCCUCCCGCACCCGCAGCGCAGCUGGAAGCGGCGGAGCGGAAGGGAGGUCUUGGGGGCCUCAGAGAAGUGUUUUUAGAUUCGCUGGCUUUUCCCAACAUCCCUGCUGCCUCUUCCCUGCCAGCCCUGGCAAUGGCUGCCAUCCGAAAGAAGCUGGUGAUUGUGGGGGAUGGGGCCUGUGGGAAGACCUGCCUCCUCAUCGUCUUCAGCAAGGAUCAGUUCCCAGAGGUCUACGUCCCUACUGUCUUUGAGAACUACAUCGCAGACAUAGAGGUGGAUGGCAAGCAGGUGGAGCUGGCUCUGUGGGACACAGCAGGGCAGGAAGACUACGACCGCCUGCGGCCUCUCUCCUACCCGGACACUGACGUCAUUCUCAUGUGCUUCUCCAUCGACAGCCCCGACAGUCUGGAAAACAUUCCUGAGAAGUGGACCCCGGAAGUGAAGCACUUCUGCCCCAAUGUGCCCAUCAUCCUGGUGGGCAAUAAGAAGGACCUGAGGCAAGAUGAGCAUACCCGGAGAGAGCUGGCAAAGAUGAAGCAGGAACCUGUUCGAUCUGAGGAAGGCCGGGACAUGGCGAACCGGAUCAGUGCCUUUGGCUACCUUGAGUGCUCAGCCAAGACCAAGGAGGGGGUGCGGGAGGUAUUUGAGAUGGCCACUAGGGCCGGCCUCCAGGUCCGCAAGAAUAAGCGCCGGAGGGGCUGCCCCAUUCUCUGAGAUCCCCAAGACCUCCCCUCCUUCCUUCAGGGGGUUGCAGAAAGUCCCUCUGCCCUCUGUGACCCCACCCUAUCAGGGAUCCUUGCUGAAGGCUCCCUUUCCCAAUUCCCCCCUGCCCAGGACUGCAUUGAGUUUCCCCAGCCCUGACACUGGUGGCUGUAGGCACGCCCCCUCCCACCAGCACCCUGGGAAUAGAGGGGUGCAUCCUGCCUCUCAGAGCACAGCCCCUCCUCCUGUUGCCUUGGUCCUCGGGUGGGGCCCUUGAUCCCUUUGGCCUUCCCCAGAGGAUCAUCACACCAGCACUUUAUACACUUCCUGCUCACAACAGAUCCGGGGUAGGGGACUUGGCGGUUGUAACCGAACGAAUCCCAGGCCCCUGGUGUUUCUGCUUUGGGCAGGAGCCUUGUCUCUGGCUAUUCUUGGUGUGGGACAUGAAUAAAGGUCACAGGCUCCAAA